UUUUCAGUCAUGGACCUUUAUUUUGAACUUGUUUGUCGCCUCAUACAAUGAGCCAAUCAGGACAGGCGAGCUCGCACAUGCGUAGUCCACCAGGAAGUCGACUUGCGGUCACCUUUUAAAUAAAGAGUUUAAACUCUUCUGACACUUGGUUGUGGUGGUCCAGUGACACGCAUUCACACAAAAAAACCAUGUCGUUCGUUAAUGCAGGUGUAGACGCUAUGGCGAGCAGCCUGAGUGAGGAGUUUGCUGUGCCGGCUCAUGUGGAGGAGGUCAGGAGAGUGAUGGCGGCGUUUGCGGAGCAGCAUGGAGCUGCAGGUCGCAUGGUCGUGCUCAUCACUUCGGGAGGCACCAAGGUUCCUCUGGAGUCCAGGACCGUGCGCUUUCUGGACAACUUCAGCAGCGGGCGGCGUGGAGCCUCGUCAGCGGAGUAUUUCCUCGCGCAGGGGUAUGCUGUGAUCUUCCUGCACAGACAGCGCUCUCUGUACCCCUACACACGCCUCUACACGGGCGUCAAUCUGCUGGACUGUCUGACAUUACACCCUGUUCACGAGGGCUCUGGGCUGGUCGCAGUGGAUCAGACCAAGCUGCCAAACAUCACAGAUGUCCUGAAGAGGUACCAGGCAGUGAAAUCUGGAGGGUUACUUCUUCCAGUGGAGUUCAGCACCUUAUCCGAGUACCUCCACCUUCUCAAAGCUGCAGCACAAGCUCUCAGUUCACUGGGUUCCAAAGCCAUGUUUUAUUUGGCUGCGGCUGUUUCUGAUUUCUAUAUCCCACCUUCUGAAAUGCCGGAGCAUAAAAUACAGUCCUCCAAUGGACCUCUACAGAUAAGCAUGAAAAUGGUACCUAAAAUCCUUAAACCACUGGUGAAGGACUGGGCCCCAAAAGCAUUUGUCAUUUCAUUCAAGCUGGAAACGGAUCCAUCCAUCCUCUUGGAGCGAGCUCGUUGCGCCUUGGACAUCUACAAACACCAGGUAGUCGUGGCCAACGUCCUGGACACACGGCACGGUUACGUUGUCAUUGUGACUAAAGACUCCCAGAAAGAACUGGUCCUUACAGAAGAGGAAGUUCAGCGAGAUGUUGAAAUUGAAGAGAAGAUUGUCAAGAAUUUGUCACAUGCACACACUCAGUUCGUAAACCAAAAAGGUUAGAAGUGGAUUGGCCAUCUCAUAACUCCUUGUUCUUCACUUAACUUAAAAUAGUUCAAGUAUAGGUCUAAGUGCAGGUUCUAAAUCAAUGGAAAAUGAAGACUCAUACAUGCCUUUUAAUUCACAGUAAAACUAGAAUCAACUCAGUCAUCCCAAGAUGGUGGGUGUUCUGGAUAGAGUAACAAAAUCUGACUUGCCCCAGCUAGAUGAAAAAAAAAGCAUAUACACCGAUCAGCUACAACAUUAAACCCACUGACAGAUGAAGUGAAUAACAUUGAUUGUCGUUACAGUGGCAUCUGUCAAUGGGUGGGAUAUAUUAGGCAGCAAGUGAACAGUCAGUUCUUGGAGUUGAUGUGUUGGAAGCAGGAAAAAUGGGCAAGCGUAAGGAUCUGAGUGACUCUGACAAGGGCCAAAUUGUGAUGACCAGACGACUGGGUCAGAGCAUCUCCAAAACAGCAGAUCUUGUGGGGUGUUCCCAGUAUGCAGUGGUUAUUAGCUACCAAAAUGGUCCAAGGAAAGACAACCAGUGAACCGGCGACAGGGUCAUGGGCGCACAAGGCUCACCGAUGCGUGUGGGGAGUGAAGA